AUGUCCCCAAUCCCCAACAACCAACCAACACCCAAAAUAAGCAUACUAACAGCCCCCAGCUGGGAAACAUACUACGCGCGCACUCUCGCACACAUCUCCCACGAAAAACCCACCGAAGACCCAGACUCAGACGCAGAUGUAAACGACGAAGAUGACCCUGGCACAUCAUGGUUCUCCGAGCACAACGCCCCGCAGAAAGUACUGCGAUUCCUGACGCACGGCUCAUUCCCUCUUGCACAAAACAAGAGUAGCGCUAGUGUUUUGGAUCUGGGAACUGGGAAUGGAAGUAUGCUUGCUCUGCUGAGGAAGAAGGGCGGGUACAGGGGUCGUCUUGUUGGUGUUGAUUACUCGAGACAGAGUGUUGAGCUGGCGCGCGAGUUGCAGCGUGUGAAGGGGCAUUCGGCUUAUCAUAGUGAUUCCGAUGAUGAAGAUGAAGAUGAAGAAGAAGAUGGGGAAGGGGAUGAGGAGCAGGCUCAGCCUGAGAAUGAAGCUGACUCCGAGACUCCGAUUCAGUUUGAGGAGUGGGAUAUCCUUGGGUCGAAGGCUGGGCUUUCGGAGACUGGGGUUGCGGAGACAGUGCCGGAUGAGAGCUUGUCUUGGUUUCCUUAUGGGGAUGGUGGCUUUGAUGCUGUUCUUGAUAAGGGGACGUUUGAUGCUGUUUCGCUGGCUGAUGAUGCGAAGACGAGUCGGGUUUGUGAGCGGUACCCUGAUGUUGCGCGGCGGCUUGUUAAGCGCGGUGGGUUCUUGAUUGUUACUACGUGCAAUUGGACGGAGGAGGAGCUGGUGCAUUGGUUUACGGGGGAUCGGACGAGUGGGGAUCGAUUGAAGGUUUGGGGUCGAGUUGAGUAUCCGGUCUUCAGGUUUGGAGGGCAUGAAGGGCAGGGUGUGUGUACGGUGUGUUUCCAGCGGGUGGGUGAUUCCUGA